CCUACCUGCACCUGUAGCUGGGUGGCUGCCUCCCGUCCCACCCUGACCCUCCCCGCCUCUGUAGUUCUAGUAUCUUCAGUCCUUUGGCCAGCCACCAGCAGGUGGGCAGAUGUCGGUGCGUGUUCCUACUGACGCUCAGGAAGAGCGAGUGCGCAGGAGUCAGCAGCCGAGGUCCCAUCUCUCAGCGGCCCGGGAACAGCGCAAGCAGGGAAAAAGAACGCGCCCCAGAAUGUGAGACACCCACCUGGAAAGGCUGUCUGGGUUUGCCCUAGGGCGGCGGAUGUGACAGACGCACGACCUAAGCAUACCUUGCUGCCACCCCGAGUUGUCCUUUGGGUGUGCGGGAAUCAAAGGAGUUGGGCCAGAGCAGCAACAGCGUUCCCUGCAUCUCUUCGAGACGGCGCCAACCCGCACCCAGCCUAAGCUUCAGGCAGCCCCGAGACGAGAGCCAGCGCGGCCCGGAGUCCCGGUGACCCUGGAAGCCCCUGCAGGAGCUCCCUCGAUUGCCACCAGGCAGCCUGCCAGUGUGGAAGAACCCUGGAAAGGCUGGAGUGAACAGUCUUGAGACCACGGAGAGAGGGGGCGUCCUGGCCCAGGCCCUUCCCCACACGGGGCGACCGUGGUCCCCAGGCCUGCGGGCCAUGGCCGACAGUGGCAGCUCCACCAGCAGCUCCAGUCCCUGGUGGAAAUCACUAACCAGGAAAAAAAGCAAGGAAGUCACUGUGGGGGCACAGCCUCCUGUUCAGCCAGGGGCCGAGGAUCAGUCACCACCUUACUCGGAUCGAACUAGAAGCUCUCGAGAGAACCAGCGUUCCGACGUCCUUGGGGACUCCGGAGAGCCUCCCAGGUCAGAUAAAUUGUGUGAGGAGAGAUCCGGCAAUAGCCGGCGCAAUUUGAAGAUCUCCCGCUCAGGUCGAUUUAAGGAGAAGAGGAAAGUGCGUGCCACGCUGCUUCCUGAAGGAGACAGGUCCCCUGAGGAGGCUGACUUUCCAGAUGACCCCCAGGAGGACAAGCAAUAGUCUAAGCAAGCUUGAGAGAGAGAGAGAGAGAGAGAGAGAGAGAGAGAGAGAGAGAGA